UGCUUCAGGUGAUAAGGCUGAGACAUAAAGGGGGCUGUGGGCCCCUUGCAGCAACCCGGCUGCUGCAGAGAGAAGAUGGCCAGCAGAAAGGCAGGGACCCGGAGCAAGGCCGCGGCCACCAAGCAGGCCCAGCGAGGCUCUUCCAAUGUCUUUUCCAUGUUCGAGCAAGCCCAGAUCCAAGAGUUCAAGGAAGCCUUCAGCUGCAUCGACCAGAACCGUGAUGGCAUCAUCUGCAAGUCAGACCUUCGAGAGACCUACUCCCAGCUGGGGAAGGUGAAUGUUCCAGAAGAAGAGCUGGAUGCCAUGCUGCAGGAAGGGAAGGGGCCCAUCAACUUCACCGUCUUCCUCACGUUGUUCGGGGAGAAGCUCAACGGGACAGACCCCGAAGAAGCCAUCCUGAGCGCCUUCCGCCUGUUUGACCCCAGCGGCAAGGGCGUGGUGAACAAGGACCAGUUCAAGCAGCUUCUCCUGACCCAGGCAGACAAGUUCUCUCCGGCCGAGGUGGAGCAGAUGUUCGCCCUGACGCCCAUGGACCUGGCCGGGAACAUUGACUACAAGUCCCUGUGCUACAUUAUCACCCACGGGGACGAGAAAGAGGAGUGAGCACGGCUGCCGGCCCCUGGGACUCAGGGCUGGGCCCACGGGGACCCCUCAAUAAACACUGUCUCCGAAUUGAA